AUGGCAAGUGAUCUUUUUCUCCAACUUCGUCUCACCGCCGGUGUAGACAAGGGUGUCUGGUUCUUUUUCACCGCCGGGAAUUCGAAGGCGAGCGCGCGCAGCGGAUCUCGGCUCCGCAACCGGGCGCGAACCGUCCUCGGCGUCGACGGCAGGAAGAAGGGGGCGUGGCACACGGAGGGUGGGAAGAAGCCAGUGCCCGGAACCGCUGGUGGGUACUUUCAAAAGAUGUCGUACGAGGAGGUGACGCCGUCGGGGUCGGUCGUCAAGCCAGGAUGGCUGAUGGUCGAGUACGCCAUCGAGGAAGAGCACGGCGGUGGCGCCAUGGUCCUGUGCAAGGUCUACAAGUCACCGCGAGGCCCUGGAUCGGACGUGUCGUCGUCGCGCAAGAGGAAGGCGGCGUGCGUCGUCGAACAGCCCGUCGUGGAACAGAUGCAGCGGCCAUGCAAGCGAACGAACGAGGAGCACAUGUUUUUGGUUGGCAACCUGCUGCACAAGGACCUCACAGCGACAAACUACUACACGGCGGCGCCGGCGUACCAAGAAACAGAGCACGUGUUGGGAAGCGGCGAGUCUGCGGCGUCGGCGGACCAAUGCACACGGAAGACAGAUCAGCUGCCCGAUGAAGGCCAACCGCGGAUCCAAGAAGAUGCCAGGGACGAGCUUACGCGAUUUUGGGAGUCGUUGGCGACUUGUCACGACGAGACGGCCCUAGACUACCCUGUCCAAAAAGACCAGCCGGUUGCUCCAUGCUCUCCUCAGACGGAGGACGAAGACGACGUGAUGGAGAUAAGCUUCGAGGAGUUCAAGGGUUCUUCAUCGCUCAUUGCGGUGCCGCGGCCAUGCGCUGCUCAGCCGGAAGACGCCGCCGUCUCAUGCAUCCAGAUGUCAGAACAGAAAGUUCUACAGGCAGACGACGGCGACGAGAUCGAGUUCACCUUUGAAGAGUUGAUGACGGGCUCUUCAACGCCCGGUGGUUAUAGCACCAUGUCAAGCCCACGGACACUCACUGAUGAUGAUGAAGACGACGACGAUAUGCGCGGACUGGCGUGUCCACCGAUGGAUUACGCUAUCUUGGAGGCCCUCAUGGAGCUUGGUCCUGCUAUCAUGGAAGAGGACUUCAUCUGCGAUCUCUAG